AUGAGUGAAUUCCCUCCAGCCUCCCUCCGCCCCCUCAUCCAAGAAGUCUUCGAGCUCCUUCGCGAACGGAAAGAAACCGUCUCCGUCGCAGAAACGGCCGCAGGAGGACUCACCUCCGCCUGUCUCCUCUCCAGCCCAGGCGCCUCAUCCAUCUACAAAGGCGGUCUAACCGUCUACACCCUCGAAUCCCGCCUCGCCUUCGCCGGCUGGACCCCCGCCCACAUCGAGCGCUACCAAGGCCCAACGCCGGAAAUCGUCGCCGGACUAGCGGAGCAUGUCCGCGGCGUGCUCGGCUCGACCUAUACCGUGAGCGAGAGCGGCACUGCGGGUCCUACGGGAGGGACGACUCGGAAUCGCACGCCCGGGUACGUGGCUGUGGCGGUCGCGACGGCGCAAGGGACGUAUACGCGGGAGGAGAACACGGGAAGUGCGGAUCGCGAGGCGAAUAUGGUUGCUUUUGUGAGAGUGGGGUUGACGCUGUUGCGGGAUGUGAUGCUGGGGAGGGUUGCGAGUCUGUAA